UAGGCUGGUUUGCUCUGCACCGACAAAGAGACUCCAGCGCUAGCCGCCGCCAGGGCUCGCGCACACGUGAGGACUUUAUUUACAUUUACAAUUUUAAGUCUCGACCGGAUUCUGGAUGUUACGGCUCCCCGGUGAGGGUCACAAGCGGUCCGACACGCGCUGACAGGACGCCGGGACGCGUGGAGAUGACACGUCCAGAGACCGAGUGACCACCGAUGAGAACAGGGGCGACCUGAAAAGUGAGCUGGAGGGACAAUGAUGCCGUUUUUCCCUUUGAGGAAAAUCAAGCGAAACGGAAAAUACCUGUUCUUCGGGGCGGUGCUGGUGGUCAUGGGGAUCGCGGCGUAUCUGGAAUACGUGGCCACGAACACGUGGAAUAAUGUCGAUGACAUUCAGCAGAAAGACCAAAGAUCCUGUAUAAAGCAUGUGAACCAAGACCAUGUUUCUUUUGAGGACAUCAUCUGGUCUUCUAAAUAUGUCCCUCAGCCCUGGAGGCAGGAGUAUAAAGGGCAUGCGAAUCUUCAUGUCUUUGAGGACUGGUGCGGAUCUUCAGUCGCAAGCCUUAGAAAGAACCCGCACUUUCCCCUCUACCCUCACUCUCGGAUCACAGUGAAGAAACUCGCCGUGUCUCCGAGCUGGAAGAACUACGGCCUCAGGAUCUUCGGCUACAUUCAUCCGUACACCAGCGGUGAGUUUCUUUUUGCUGUGGCGUCCACUGUUAACUGUGAGUUCUGGCUGAGUGACGAUGAGAACCCGGAGAACCUGCGACUCCGUGCUUAUGUUGGAAAGACUGGUGAGGAGUGGACCGCUCCGGGGGAAUACAACAAAUACACCAGCCAAAUGUCCAAACCUGUCCUACUUCAGCAGAAGAAAAGGUUUUACUUCGAGAUGAUUCACAAACACAACGAUCAAGGCACCGACCAUGUGGAAGUCGCAUGGAGAAUCAAUGAGGCUGGAAAGAAGUUUGAGAUUAUUGACUCCAAAUCGCUGUCUCUUUAUUCUGACGAGUCCUCCCUGAAGAUCAGUGAAGUCAGUCACGUUCCUCAGACGGCCGCUAGUCACGUAACUCUGCCUCUGGAAAAAACACAAGAUCCACUCCACAGGGUUGAGAUGCUGAGAGAAGAUCCUCGAGACAGCUUUUUUAAAACACCUUUAUUGGACAAGUCCCGAUUAUGGGGUUUGUUACCGGAAUGUUUCUAUAGACCCAGUUACACGGUUAAAGACAGGAUGAUCGGACGCUAUCAGGGUCUGCAUUUUGUCCAUCUGACUUACGUUUACCCCAAUGACUACACACGGCUCACACACAUGGAGAACGACAACACAUGUUUCUACCAGAUGAGGCCAUACUAUUUAAAGAUGUACGGCUUUUCUCAGUAUAUGAGACUGGACCAGCCGGAGGAACAGGACAUGAUGUACAGAGACACUGGUGAUUACAGACUGGGAUGGAAGGAUUUCAGAGCGAUGAGGCGAGCAGGACUGGACGAGGAGAUGCAGGGAGACGAGGAGUUUGACUACCGUGACGAUUACAUUCAGCACCAACAAAGGAAACUAUUCUCGAACUCUCUGAACAAGAAGAGCCCAGGAAGAAGUAGAAGGGAAAAUGAACAAGAUAUGAACAGAAUAGAGAGAGUGCAGAAGGAGAAUCUGGCACAGGAUAAUAAUUCUGUAUCAGAGAACCAGAAUAAUCUGCAAAACCAAAACAAAAUGGUGGAAGAUAAGCAAUAUGAACUGCAAAAAGAAAACAAAAUGGUGGGAGAAAACAAGCAUGUACCUCAAAGACAAAACAGUAUGGUGGAUGAAAAGCAACAUAAAAUGCAAAAAGAAAACGAAAAGGUGGACGAGAACCAACAUGGACUGCAAAGACAAAACAACAUGGUAGAAGCAAAGCCACGUAAGAUGCAAAACCAAAACAAAUUGUUGGAAGAAAAGCAAUACAAACUGCAGAAAGAAAACAAAAUGGUGGAAGAGAACCAACAAAAAAUUCAAAAAGAAAACAAAAUGGUGGAGGAGAACCAGCAUGUCAUCCAAAACCAACAUCAGUCGGCUGAUGAGAACCAGCGUUUGGGAUGGAAGGAUGAAGUUCCUGGUCAGAAUGAAGAUAAAGAACUUAUUGGUCAGGUGAACCAUACAAAUCUAGAAGAUAAAGCUCCAGUCCAGGAUCCAAGGUCAGGAGCAAAACCUCACAUUGGUACCAGAUUAAAAAACGACACAGAGAUUAUUUUUCUUCCCUUGGCAAAUGCCACAAACCCUCAGCCUCAUGAAAAUGAUUCCAUGAUCCAGAAAGACCCUCAUGACAACGUUCACCGUGACCAGGACCAGGACCAGGACUCGGAUACAGGAGACCCUGCAUGGAGAAAAGGCGGAGACUUAGGGAACAGGGGCGGAGCUAAUAAGCAUAAGUAUCUCACUAAAGAGGAAGCAGAGCUGUGGGUGAUGUACGGAGACUCGGAGACAGAGGCCAGGAUCAUGAACAGAGCCGUGUACGACCCUGAGAUCAGAUGGGAUCAGACCUUUCAUGUCAGUCAGACUGACUUUCAGAUGCUGAGGACUGAUUGGAUCGACCUGAACUGCAACGUGAGCGGAAAUCUGCUGCUCAGCCAAUCAGAAGUCACGGCUGUGGUGCAGGCUUUUAUGGAGAAACUGGAGCUGAAGUAUCCCAGGACGUUCUCUCUGCAGCGUGUAGUGAAUGUGGAGAAGCGAAAGGAUGAGGUUCGGGGCAGUCGUUAUCUCCUGGAGUUGGACCUGAUGGAGUCCUCGAGAGGUCGAGUUCGUCUGGUCCAUUACGUCUAUGUGCUGAAGAGGAAAAACGUCCAGAAGCUGAGUUUAAACCCAGAGCUGCUGCUGUGUAACCCACACAACUUCCGGUGGAACCCUGACGCUACUAUACACAUCAUCGUACCAGUGAAGGAUCAGGCUCGUUGGGUGAAGAAGUUCAUUAUGGACAUGCAGGAGCUUUACCAGGUCACAGGAGACAGCAACGUCAACAUCAUCAUCACUGAUUAUUCCAGCACUGAUAUGGACAUCGAAAAGGCUCUGAAGAACUCUCACCUCCCCAAGUUUCAGUAUCUGAGACUGACAGGAAAUUUUGAGAGAUCAGCAGGUCUUCAGGCAGGAAUCAACCUUAUCACAGAUAAUCACAGCAUCGUGUUUCUGUGUGACCUGCAUCUCCACUUCCCACUGGGGUUCUUCGACUCUGUGAGGAAGCACUGUGUUGAAGGACACAUGGCAUUUGCUCCCUUAGUGAUGAGGCUUAACUGUGGAGCGACGCCUGAGGAACCCGACGGUUACUGGGAGGUGAAUGGUUUUGGUUUGCUGGGUAUUUAUAAAUCUGACCUGGACGCUGUAGGAGGCAUGAACACCAAAGAAUUCAAGAACCGCUGGGGAGGAGAGGACUGGGAACUGCUGGACAGGAUCGUGGAGGCGGGAUUGGAGGUGGAGCGUCUGCACUUGAGGAAUUUCUUUCACUACCACCACUCCAGACGCGGCAUGUGGAACCAUCAAACACUGCGAGGCAUGUAGAUCUGGCAACCCUGUGUCCUGAAAACGACGCUCGCUCUGCCGCUUCAUCCAGACCCCACCCUCAGGCUUCAUCUGUUCUGAUUGAAAUUGAGUCGCUGCUCUGUGGGAGGAGCCAUGGGCCAGUGCUGAGGUUUGAUUGGCUGUUCCUCAGUGGUCAUGGUAAUGAAGGUUCUCAGGAGGAUCAACAUCAUAGGGGUUACUUUUAACGCUGGACCUAAACAAAUGAUGUCACACAGUUUCAUCUUUGAUUAUUUUAAUCAGUGUCUUACAUUUCUGCUGUGAGCGAUGUUAGAGAUGAGGAAAUCUCACCUCCAUAUUCAGACCUGUGGGGGCGGAGUCAGUCUAAAACAGAGGCGUGUCUCAGUUGCAUCUUUCCUGAUCCAUGACACUAUUAUUGAAUUAAUAGUAUCGUCCAGUUAAAGUCAUGAUCAAACAUGGCUGAUCUGAGGCGGGAGUCUGGGAAUAUUUUCCGGAUAAACUGAUGAAUGGUGUUAAAGUUGUAGCAGACACACGCUCGGUCAGUUCAUCCUUUAUUUUCUUUAGAGAAAGAGACCGAACACAAACACUGAUGUUCUGUUCACAUCCUCAGAGGAUCAGGUAUCAUCAGCAGGAUGGGUUCAUGGUUCAGUUUGUAAAGGUGAAGUUUAAAGAAACACUCUGAGGUCCUUUACUCAGGAAAACUCACGCUUAAAAGUGCCUUUAAUUCUGAACAGGGAAGAGAAACGCAGCAGGAACUUUCUGGCAUUGGAUAAACUCAACACUCAGCAGAAAUCUUUACCCAGGAUGCAAUGUGUUUACGCUAAUUUAAACACAACUUUAUAUAUAUAUAUAUAUAUAAUGGAAAAGAGGCAGAUGGUUAAUG